AUGAAUAUUUUUUUAUUGGAAUACUCAUUUGAGUACAACAAUACAAGGAGUAUUGAGUACCCUCAAAUUUCACAAUACAACGGAACAAAACUAUGGAUUAUAAUGGAGUACCUUGGCGGUGGCUCCGCCCUGGACCUGAUGAAGGCCGGCAGCUUCGAGGAGAUGCACAUUGCUGUGAUACUGCGGGAGGUGUUACGAGGCCUCGACUACUUGCACUCUGAGAGGAAGCUCCAUAGGGACAUCAAAGCUGCUAAUGUACUCCUCAGUGAAAUGGGCGAUGUCAAACUGGCGGAUUUUGGUGUCGCUGGUCAAUUAACUAAUACAACAAGUAAGAGAAACACAUUCGUCGGAACACCGUUCUGGAUGGCGCCCGAAGUCAUCAAACAGUCAUGCUACGACAGCAAAGCAGACAUCUGGUCACUCGGCAUCACGGCCAUAGAACUCGCCAAGGGUGAACCGCCAAAUUCAGAACUGCACCCAAUGAGAGUUCUCUUCCUAAUCCCCAAAAACAACCCUCCACAACUUACGGGCAGUUAUUCGAAGCCAUUCAAAGAGUUCGUCGAGGCGUGCCUUAAUAAGGACCCGGAAAAUAGACCGACAGCAAAGGAGCUGCUAAAAUUCCAAUUCAUCAGAAAGGCAAAGAAAAAUUCAUAUCUAAUGGAUCUUAUAGAUAGGUAUAAGAAGUGGAAGUCCCAGAGGAGUGAGGAAAGCGAGACGGAAUCUGAGAACUCUGAUUCUGAAGACAUGAGUCGCGGCGACGGCGAGGCAGAUGAGCCUUGGAUAAUGACAGUGCGCGGUGCAGCCGGAGCACGUGCGCUUCAUGCGCAUACGCACGCAUCCGCCAACGACGACGACAAACGGCGUACGCUUCAUGAUGAACCUGCUCUCGUGUCCCCAAGUUCCCCGACAGUGCCCAAACAGAAUGGAUCUCUCACACGCGGAGACGAGUCGCCUGUUGAGAAACCUCUCAAUAAUAAUACACACGAUAAUCAAACUUCACGCCAAUCUCCAAUAGUACCAACGCCAGUGGAGCAGCGCGUAAAAGAGAGGGAUAGAGAGCGCGAAAGAGAUAGAGACAGGGAGAGGGAGAGGGAAAGAGAUGAUAGGAAGGAAAGAGAAAGGGAACAUACAUCUAACAGGGAUAGUGGUGUUUAUAACAAACCGUUGUCCCGCAAACACGGUCCUUCGAGCGUGGCAGCCAUUGAAGAGUUGCGUCGCGCUUUCGAAGUCGCCGAACGCAGCGCGCCCCAUCUCACACGGGCUUUUGUUCAACAGGUGGUCCAACGAGUCGCGACCCAGAGCCAUGCGCCUACGCCGGCACACAACUCGCACUCGCAUUGGAUGAGGUAG